AUGAAAGCUAUUACACCAAGAAGAGAAAAUUUAGAUGUACACGAGAGCGCCGCGAAUGCUGUCUUCACAGAAGAACUCUUUCUGAUGAACAUUGAUUUUAGAUUUUUCCAGAAUUUGCAAAAUCUUAAACAGCGACUUCCAUCUUACAAAGUUAUUGUACAAGAAACUUGUGAUCGUCCUAUUCAAACAGUUUCAGACAGUAUCAAAGAUGCGGAGACUGUUUAUAGCUUAACAGAUUUCGCUAAAACUGUUAAAGUAGAAAUGGAAAUGCUUAAGAAUGGAGUAAUUAACGGAUCUGUAAUAAGUAAUUAUAUGUUAAGACGCUCCCAAUCUUGUAACACAACCGUAUCAUUUAAAAACUUUUACAAAUAUCGUUUACGGCACGGAAUUCUGCAAUGGCUACGUGAAAUUCCUAUUGAGUCUGAUAUCAAUUCAACUGCUAAAAUUUUAACCGAAAGUAUUAUUAAUAAUUUAAUAGAGAAAAUUAACAAGCUGUCAGUUGAAGCAAACUGUGAUGAUUAUGAAAUGAAACUUAAGUCUUUAAUAGAAUAUUGCUUAAAUUCUUUGCCCUCCCUGUAUCAUAGUGCUAAAUGUGAUAAGAUGAAACAUAUAUUGUUGGAAAGUCUUAUGACAAGAAUCAUGGUCCUCAAUGAAAAGUAUCUCAACCUUUCUAUUGAUAACAUUUUUCAACAUAAGAAUUUUAAUAUCCUUGAAAAUAGCUUCAGUAACACAGUGAUAAACGGGACCACGCUUACAAAAAUGAUUAAAGCAGAAAUUUCAAAUUGGCUUAGAUCUAAGCAAUUUAAAAGACAUUGUGGGACUCCUAUAAAUACAAAUCAUGUUACUAUGAUGCUUAUGAACCAGCUGUUACCAUUUCUGUAUGAUAAAGAAACGAAGGCUUUUAAAUAUUUGAUUAGAGGUGGAAUUCUUGAAGUAUUAGAACGGUUAUCAUUGACAUUCGAUCUCAGUAACAAUCGUAUACGUCUUAAUGGUCUUGCAAGCGAACUGACAAACAAACUCUUGAAUACACGAAAAUAUUAUGAACAGUCGAUAAAAAAUGGCAAUAUUUAUUCUGACUUAUCUAAAACUGAGUUAUUAUCUAAACCUAAAAACAUGCACUUAAUUGUACAAAACAUGUGA